AUGGCAAAGCAGAGCAACCUAGAAACUUUCUUGGGUGGAGUUGCAAAGAUCUUAGGUGAAAAAUGGCAAGUCGAUCUACUCCUCAAGGCAGGGGACACUGAAGAGGGUGAAGCUAUCUCCGCCCACAAACUUGUUAUGAUAGCAAGAUCAAAGGUGUUUAAGAAGAUGCUGGAAUCCGAGAAGUUCAAGGUUUUGGAUGGAAAGAUCGAGACAGUCACUCUCUAUGAGCUUAAACAAGAAGAAUUAGAGGCUUUAGUUGAGUUCAUCUACAACAACCGCUCUGUACUUUCUAAAAAAGAGAAGAAACAUGUUGGAUCACUUUAUAAAGCAGCGAACAAAUAUGAGAUUCCGCAUAUGCAGGAUCUAUGCAGAAACGAGCUUAUAACAUCUCUUAACUCAUCAAAUGCUCUUAACGUCUUGGAGAUGUCAUUGAAUCCUAUUGACAGAGUCCUGACCUUCUAUGCUCUCAGAUAUAUCAUACCGAAUUUGAAGACGAUUUGUAACUCUGAUGAGUUCAAGGUUUUCUUUGGCAAUUAUCCAGAAAUCGCCGUUGUAAUAGUGAAGUUUGCCCUGAAUGAUCAUACUUUCAACUAG